AUGUCUGAACCACCAUUUGAGUACUUUAUACAUAUCCCACUUCCUGGCACCUCACGUUCAGUACCUGCUGUACCUGCUGUACCUCCUGGCACCUCACGUUCAGUACCUCCUGUACCUGCUGUACCUGCUGUACCUCAUGGCACCUCACGUUCAGUACCUCCUGUACCUCCUAGUACUCCAAGUUCUGGCACCGCUUCAAUCUCAAUGACUCUUGGUGCUCAACCUCCUGUACCUAUUUCAUAUCAUUCACAAUUUAGGCCUGCUUAUGGCUCUCCAUAUCCUCCUAUUCCUCGUACAUUCGGCCCUAACCCUGUUGGCUACCCUUCUCAAAGCUCUACUAAUGCGUUUUUACAUCAAAAGGUCAUCGAGUAUCUCGUUAAGAAAGGAUACAAUCGAACUGAGCAAAUGUUACGAUCAGAAUCCGCGAACCUUGAUAGAGAUGGUAAACCUAUUCAAGAUCGCGCCGAGGAUCUUGGUACAGCAAAAUAUGCAAGAGGUUUCCGAUUAUUAAGUAGUUGGAUUGAGUCAAACUUAGACAUUUACAAGUUUGAAUUACGCCGACUCCUUUGGCCUAUAUUUAUCUAUUCAUUCAUUGAGCUCAUCACAAGUGGCUAUGCAGCUGAUGGGCAAGCUUUUCUGAAUGAAUUCAAAGAUCAAUUCCAACAAGUUCAUGCGGAUGAACUCACCACUCUCGCGACAAUCAGCUUACCACAACAAAUUACCGAUAACUCAAUCACAAAACUUUAUCAAUCCUCGAAAUACCGACUUCCUCUCAAUACUCAUGUUUACUUCAGCCUCAUCACCCAUCUCGAGUCAAAUAGCAAGCAAGGAGGAUCUGUCAUCAUAUACUUGCUACAAACAUACUGUGAAAUCCGCGAGACACAAAGAGGACCCAUUGACCAAUUCAGCUUCGAGGCUAUAAUCAAUCAAGCACAUGGUGUUGAGCCAGAAGAAUCUGAUCUACAAGAAGGAAUUCCUGGAGCUUUUACUGGAGUUACAAACAAGGACAUUUCGGAUAACAAUGCUAAGUUGAAGUUAGGCCCAAUGGCAAUGGAUACCGAACUAUCUGCGGAUGUUCGCACAGAUCUUGAAGAUGAAGAUGCUAAGAACCCACCUGAGCUCGGCAAACCAUCUUUGGUAGAACUAUUCGAACAGAAGAUCAAGCACGAGGAAAGCAGUGAAGGACCCAGUCGCAAUGAUAUUCCUUACCCUCCUUCUCGCGCUCGAGACGUAAUCAUGGAAAUCCAAAAGAUCAAGGAGUAUCGGGAUAGAUUCAAGAUUGAGAGUCGUAGUGGUGGUGUUGGCCCUGGAGUAUCGAUCUGCAUGUUUACUUUUCACAACACUCUUGAUACAAUCACCUGCAUGGAAUUUUCUGAUGACAAUAAUUUGGUUGCUGUUGGCACUGAGGAAUCCUACAUUCGUGUUUGGCAUUUACAUGGCGAUCCAUUAUCAUCGGAAGUUAAAUCAGGUCCAAAUGAUCCACCUCCAACAAACUCUCGCCGCCUAAUCGGUCACUCCGCAUCAGUCUAUGCUGUAUCAUUCUCUCCUUCAAUUCGAGGUGCAGAUGAUGCUGAUACAUCUACUGCGCCCAAGUUACUUCUCUCUUGCUCCUCGGAUAGAACAAUUCGUCUUUGGUCUCUCGAAGCAUGGGCCUGCGUUGUCGUAUACAAAGGUCAUGAAGGUCCAGUGUGGAAUGUAAAGUGGGGACCAUUUGGUCAUUACUUUGCAACUUGUGGUUUGGAUAGGACUGUUCGUAUUUGGGGCCAAGAUCAUAUCUCAUAUCUUCGAAUGUUGGUCGGUCAUGAUUCCAACGUCAAUCAGGUUGCUUGGCAUCCAAAUGGAGCAUAUGUUUUUUCAGCUAGUGAUCAAGCUGAUAAGACUAUUCGUAUGUGGUCUUUCACAACUGGUGAAUGCGUUCGCGUCUUUACUGGCCAUACUGAAUUCAUCAGUUCUCUCGAGUGCGCUCCUAAUGGAAAGAUUUUGGCUUCUGCCGAUGCAGGUGGAAGUAUCAUCCUUUGGGAUCUUGCCAAGGGAACACAAAUUAAGCGUUGCAGAGGUCAUGGAAAGGGUGGGAUCUGGUCCUUGUCAUUCAGUGUCGAAUCCACGGUCUUGUGUUCAGGUGGCGCUGAUGGCACUGUUCGUUUGUGGGAUAUCGAGGUUCCUGCCGACCCAUACAAGAAUAAUGAUGGAGAGGUUAUCGGCACUGGUGGACAAGCAGAUGCAACUCGAGUCAGUGGUACCACAGCUAGUGCGCAAGCCAAUCCCGCUACCGGUACUUCUAAGAAGAAAGGCAAGGAAACAAUGAUUACACCCGAUCAAAUUGUUGCAUUCCCAACCAAGAGAUCACCAGUUUACAAAGUCAUGUUUACAAGAAUGAACUUGGUCAUGGCUGGAGGAUGUUAUUUGCCUUGA